CCCACUACCUCUCAGUCCUUUCGGAGCGGCCAACGGUACUACUUGUGCCGCUAGCUACGCGCAAAAACAUUAUCUGCGACGCGAGGUAACCCACCGUGCAGUGUUACGAUGUAAACUUGUGUUAAACACUGAUAUUGGACGCGGUUCUAUCAGUUAUUAGACUUUGUGAAACAAAAACUGGAUCUAGUGAAGUGUUGAUUCAAUACAAAAAUGCCGAAAAUCUUUUUGAUAAAAAAGCGGCUCCACGAGCAACAGCUCGGGCUGCAAGAGAGCCAAGAACUUCUGACCGGCAAGUCGGACCCUCUGUGCACUGGCUCUCCACUAGACGACGGUCCCAUCCCGCUUCUGUCCAAGAAGGAUAAGGAAUGUAUCGAUCGUGAUAUAUUUGGAGACAGCAAUGGAAGAAAAAGCCCGAAUGAAAGACGCACUAAAGAACCCAGGAGAUUUAUAUCAUCGAUUUUGGGAGGUGAAAUUCCAUACGGCAGCCACAGGGGACAUGUACUCACGCAAGCAGAAAGAAAACAAUAUCUACCAGUUGCUGUUGCUGAUGACAGAAAAACUGAUGACAAACCACUGAUAAAGGAAGAAAAAGAUUGUUUACAGAGUGAACUUGUUGUUCUUCCAUCGAGAAAUUCGCCAUCACCAGAUUCUAUACCAUCCCCUGCCAUUGACCAUAAUAUAAGAUGCCAAAAGGUCUCUGUUAUACAAAGAACACCAUCACAGUCGCAAUUUAGAGACAACAAAAAGGAACUAUCAGAAAUUAGUCUCCCAGCAACUUUACCAUCUACAGAGCCAGAACAAGAGCAACCCAUAGACUAUGCUAUAGCAAAAAAGAGGGGAGAGACAGAAGAUGAAGAAACUGAAAAGAAAAUCAGAGAACAACGACGCACAAGUAGCUCAAAAAUAGCUAACAGUAUUUUAGCUAGACCAGUAUUAGUUCUAAGAAAUUGUCCUGGUAACAAAGUUCCUGGUAUAAUAAACGCCGCUGCUGGCCACGGACGAUCUACGAAUGGAAAUAGUUCAAAUUCAAGUUCACAGAGUACUGGGGGCUCCGGAAGUUACAGUUCUGGAGCAGGUAGUGCUGCGCCCUCUUCGGGAGGUGGAGGAGCAUUGGGCGGAGGAUCAGGCAGUGGUGGUAAUGGUCGUGAUGGUAGAUCUAAUUAUGGACCAAAUAGUCCACCGACAGGCAGCCUCCCACCAUUUUACGAAACUCUCGGACCAAAUACUAAAAAUGGACAAAGUUCAUUUAAUGCUAAUAGCAAUUUUGCCAAUGAAUUUAAUAUGAUAAACGGAUUCAAUAUGGAUUGUGAAAAUGCUGAGAACGCUAAUACAAACUUUCCAGAGCAAAGUAAACAGUAUUCCUUAAUGCAAAAUGCUCAUUAUGGGAUAGCACUCAAAGAUGAAGACAUUGACUACGAUCGAAUCGAAAAUAAAUUAGAAAAUAUUGGGCCCAUUGGAAAUUACAGUAACAAUUUUGACGAUUCUAUGGUAGUUGAUAUGGGAGACGACGUUAUAGACAACAACCAAUUUUACACUACGUUAACAUUUGCUUCCAAUGAAGCAAUACUAAAUAAUCUUUCUGAUUCUACAGAAGACUUCGCCAGUCUGCUGAACAAUCACGUUGAACAAAUAACAGAUUCAGAAAUUCGAGAAUCCUCAUCAAUUACUCCAGAUUCUGUCCAUAAUGCUGCUGUCGAUAUAGAAUCUUUGGCAGAACAAGUAACCCUAAGUCGGCAAUAUUAUGAAAAAGCUAAUUACUUAGCUUUCGAACAAGGCUCAUCUUACGGCUUUUCAAAAGAACGACCAGAUUUAUUAAUGCAGCUCAACCCAGCGCUCUUACAACAUAACGAAGGACAAAUGCAACAACUUCAAAUCCAUGUACAAUUGCAACAAAGACAACAAAUAUUAUCUCCUGGGUUCCCUUUUGCUAGUCAUUCAUUGGACUUAGAUUCACCAACUGGUGUCUCACUUCCAUCACCGGGAGGCAACAACUCAUUGGACAGCACAAAUCAUCUUGAGACUUCAUCACUCAGUCCUGCUGCUGCUGUAAGUUUGAAGAAAGGCUCUGUCAACGAUACUAAAGUCCAAAUCUUGCAACAAAGGUUGGGAUUACCAGCAGAAUUACCGUUGGAGUUUAUUAACGGAGGUCACGGCGUUAAGAAUCCAUUAGCCACAGAAGCAAACGCCAGGCAAAGGGAAGAAGAAAAAAAUAAACAAGUAUUAGUUUGCGACGAUGAUCCUUCUAAAUUUGUGUGCAGAGUUUGCUCGAAGAACUUCAGUUUACAGAGGCUUUUAAAUAGGCAUAUGAAAUGCCACUCAGAUGUUAAAAGAUACCUUUGCACAUUUUGCGGAAAGGGUUUCAAUGACACUUUUGAUCUAAAGAGACAUACAAGAACACAUACUGGUGUUAGACCGUACAAGUGUAACCUCUGUGAAAAAUCAUUUACUCAAAGAUGCUCACUUGAAUCGCACUGCCUCAAAGUUCAUGGAGUACAGCACACGUAUGCAUACAAAGAAAGACGAACAAAGAUGUACGUUUGCGAAGAAUGUGGACAUACAACGUCAGAGCCUGAAGAACAUUACAUGCAUUUGAAGAAACAACAUCCCUACUCUCCUGCGCUGCUCAAAUUCUACGAUAAAAGGCACUUUAAAUUCACAAACGCAACAUUCGCUAAUCAACUAUUAGGGCAGCUACCAAUGCCUGUUCAUAAUUGAUUACGUUAACUUACUAACCACGAAUUUAUUCCGUCCGCUAUUUCUUAAAACAAAAGCUAAAGAACCCAGUGCCGUUGAUUAAAAUGGUUUUAAUAUAUCAUAAAUAAAUUAAUGUCUUCCAUGUAUUGUUUUAAAGAUCUACUGAAUCAGUUUGAUACUUUACCUAAGGACGAGAUUUUAAAAUACCUUUAAUUUUUUAACAAUCGCAUCUGCCUGUGAGUUAGGCUGGAAUGCAAUUAAAAAAUCAAAGUAUCGGGUAUUAUGUGCAAUGUUUUGGUGAUGGUAAGGGGUAUUUUUAAGUUUAGAUUGUAUUGUAGAUUAUUAAUAACUUUAAGCCUACAGCGUAAGAUUAUAUUGAUUAAGAAAGAUUAUUAUGAGUUUCGUUUCAAAUCAGCGCGGGGUAAAUUGUGAUUGCAUAUUGUACGGUGCUAUAUAUCGAGAUAAUGAGAUACGCUGACUUGAAACGAAACUUGAACCUAUGAACUGGAUGACACAACUUGUCCAAUUCAUGUUUCAAGAGUUACAAUAUUAUAAUUCUUGAUAACCCAAGGAAUCUCGUUUCUUUCCUUUCUAGUGAUAUUAGCUUCUAAUACUAUCAAAAUACCUUUAAUACGUGUCACAAUUUUAUGUUUUGUAAUGUUGUACUUAAUGUUAUGUUUGUUUUUGUUGGUACUUAUUAGUGUAACAAAAUUUUUAAUUUAUGUGACAGCCUCAAUUGGCGCACAUUACGUCGUACCGAGUUAAAAUGCAUUUCUAGAAUUAUUUAUUUUUAAAAAUUAAUUGGAUUACAGUAUGUGCUGUGAAUGUGUGUGAGAAUUAUCUAUUGUUUUAAGUUAUUUAAUGCGUUAAUAGUUAAUACAAUAUUUUAUGUAGAUGAAAAGACUGAAAGUACACGCCCGAUAAUGCUUCCGAGUGCAAACAAUAUUGUACACAUUCCAGAAAUCUGCUACGAUCUCAUCGUGCUCUUGAAAAUAGUAUUUAAAAUGUUCUGGUUGCUUUAUUAACGUUAAAUUAUUGUCUCAGCUACCUAAUAAAUCAGUCCAUAUAAGGUUCAAAAUUCGAUGUGUCGAGUGAGGGAUACCGGAAGAAGAUCGGACGUGUAAAUGUCCAGUCAGGAAGCCGCGCUCAAAUACAAUUUUAGACCCGCCCAUAAAUUGACAGCUGUCAAUUGUUAUACUAGAACAUUCUAGCGUCAUUCUUCUUAUAAAGUAUAGGGUCGUUUGAGAAUAUUGUCGGAGCCGCAAAUUAAUAUAAACUCUAUUAACGUUUGCGCUUUCACGAAAAAGCCCGCAAAUACAUUGAAAUUGUAAAUAUUGUAUUAUUAGUAAAAUUUUAAAUAAUAUUCUUAAUGGUCUAUGUACCUUAUUAGCUUAUGAGAUUUUUAAAAGGUAAUAUUGUAGUAUGUUGUAUGGAAAUAUUUUAUUAUAAUUUGUACAUUUUGAUAAUAAAUGAAACUAAAUUUUAUAUUGGCUUAACAACAAUAAUAAUUGGUGAUGCUCAAUUAUCAUGUGAUAGCGCAAUGCCUUUAACUACUUAUCUGUUGCAUUUACUAGCAUUUUAUAAAAAUGUAAAGUCGUAAUAAUAUUAUAAUUAUUAUAAGUGACAAUCUGUUUGUACUGAUAAGCAAUAUAAUAUCAUGAUAAAUA